AUGAAGAACGCCGCCAUCGCGUUAGCUCUGGCCGCCAGCUCGCUGGCUGUCGCUGCCCAAGACACGCGCGUGAUGAUCGAGUCCACGUACACAGACACCAAGGGCCUGAACGAUCUGGCGAAGUCCAUGGGGAGCAAGUACAUGGGCACGGCCACCGACAUCAAGCAACUGGGCGACCAGUACUACACGGGAGAGCUCAACACCACCAAGGACUUCGGGAUGAUUACCCCGGCCAACGCCAUGAAGUGGGACGCCACCGAGGCCAAGCAGGGCGUCUUUACGUUCGAUGACGCCGACAAGAUCGUUGCCUUCGCCAACAAAACUGGAGCUCAAGUUCGCUGCCACGCUCUCGUUUGGCACCAGCAAGUGCCCGCGUGGGUGGAGAGUCUGGAGAAGGCUGAGCUGCUGAAGGCGAUGUCGAACCACAUCACCAAGGUCAUGACCCACUUCGGCGACACGUGCUAUGCCUGGGACGUUGUCAACGAAGCCAUGAACGAAGACGGCACGUACCGGGAGUCGUUCUGGUACAAGAAGACGGGCAAGGAGUACAUCGAGACCGCCUUCAAGACCGCCCACGAUGUCAAGAUCAAGCUGGGCCUCAAGGCAAAGCUGUACUACAACGACUACAACAUCGAAGUCGCCAACAACAAGUCCGACGCGGUUCUGGAGAUGGUCACGGGUUUGAGGGGUCGUAAGAUUUGGGUCGAAGGCGUCGGCUUCCAGGCUCACUACGGCAGCAACGACUCCGUGAUGGGCUCUGACAUUUUCGACAACCUCCGCCGGUUUACGCUGAAGAACAUGGACGUCGCGAUCACGGAGCUGGACGUGAAGACGAGCACGGCCGCCCCCACUGUGCCCGAGCAGCAGCACCAGGUGGGCAUCUACACCAAUGUUGUGUCUGCCUGCAAGAAGACAAAGCGCUGCGUGGGUGUGACGGUCUGGGACUUUGUCGACACCUACUCGUGGAAAGAGGGGUCAGCCCCACUGCUCUUUUACCAGCCUGAUGGCGCCAACACGCCGCUUGUGCGCAAGGCCACGUACGACGCUGUCACUGCAGGUUGGAUUUUGUAA